UGAUCUAGGGACUGUACAGUUUGUAGGAACUUUCAAUUCGUCAGUAAGUUGCGUGGCGUGGUUGCGCAUGCACGGACGUUGACAGGUGCAUGUAGUGUACAGGUGCGUUGUGAAAAUACAAGUGGAAAAAAAGAAAAACGAAGACAUUGUACAUCGUUUGAACGUCGCGUUGAGCAUGAGAUAGUUAAAUCUCUAGUGUUUCCGUUGGUUGCGUAUAUAUUUGUGAAAGGAUUGUUGAAAGGAUUUUAUGGUAGAAAGUGUGAUAAUGGCAAAGGACGAAGGAGAUGAUCUUUUGCCUGACAAGGACGCAGCCAAGGGUUUUUACGCCAAGUACGAGCCGAAAGAAAUUCUUGGAAGAGGAAUCUCUUCGACGGUUAGAAGAUGUAUAGAAAAAGAAACUGGAAUAGCGUAUGCGGCAAAAAUCAUAGACAUAAGCAACGAACCUCACAAUGGUACAGACAAUCAUACAAUGCAAGAUGCUACGAUGCAAGAGGUGCAUAUACUAAGAAGGGUUGCUGGCCAUCGAUAUAUAAUUGAGCUUCAUGAUGUCUUUGAAUCGAACACGUUUAUCUUCCUUAUAUUUGAGCUGUGCAAAAAUGGUGAAUUGUUCGAUUAUCUGACAUCCGUUGUAACAUUAUCUGAAAAAAAGACUCGAUAUAUUAUGAGACAAGUAUUCGAAGGCGUACAACACAUUCACAAUCAGGGUAUCGUCCACCGAGACUUGAAACCAGAAAAUAUUCUACUAGAUGACAAUUUAAAUGUGAAAAUAACGGACUUUGGGUUUGCAAGAAUGCUCACACCCGGUGAUAAAUUAUAUGAUUUGUGUGGUACUCCAGGGUACUUGGCACCCGAAGUUCUAAAAUGCAAUAUGUUCGAAAAUGCAGAAGGCUAUGGCUACGAAGUCGAUGUUUGGGCCUGUGGCGUAAUAAUGUUUACUCUCUUGGUGGGUUGUCCACCAUUCUGGCAUCGUAAGCAAAUGGUAAUGCUGCGCAACAUAAUGGAAGGAAAAUAUUCUUUUACGUCGCCCGAAUGGGCCGACAUAACGGAGGCACCGAAAGAUUUGAUAAGGAAAUUAUUGGUGGUGGAUGCACAGAAGAGAAUUUCGAUCAAGGAAGCUUUGGAUCAUUCGUUCUUCCACACAGUGCUGUGGGAUCAAGACAUUGCGCCACUUAAGCGCUCGCUGUCUUCUAAUUCGCGACGUCUCAGUCGGAUAUCUCAAUUAGCUUUGGAACUCAAAGCCAAAUCUUUCGACGCGAGAAAACGUUUUCAAUUGGCAAUUAUUUGUGUACGUGCGGUUGUACGUAUAAAAAGAUUGCACAAUACCCCCGAACCACUUUCGACACUGGUGGCUCGUGAGGAUCCCUACAGAAUCAAAGUCUUACGGAAGGUUAUCGACGGUUGUGCCUUCAGAGUCUACGGGCAUUGGGUGAAAAAAGGUGAAGGCCAAAAUCGUGCUGCUCUUUUCGAGAAUACCCCAAAAACGGAGCUCAAGCAUCUCUACGUGACGAAUCUUAGCAGAUAGCUAACGUAAAAGAGACACGAUAAAACGUGGCUAGUUGAACGAUUGCGUUAUUCCCACAAAAAGUCCUCAGUGAGCAUCGCUGUUUGGGCAUUUUUGAGAAUUCUUAUAGGCCUAAUUUGCUGACGAAUUGCGGUUCGCUCGGUAUAUUUGUUUUUUCCUCUUAAAAAAAUGAAACUUCAGUCGACAAGAGAUGAUUCGAGUAAUUCGACUCUUUCGAUGAGACUGUUGUCGAUCGAGAGACGAUUAUUGGAUUCACGAAUGUGCCAUUUUAUUUGAGAUUCAUCUGUGCCGUUUAAUAAUAUCAAUAUCGACAAUAGUCGUGAGAAAAAGUGCAAUCUGUGCCAUUUAAGCUUGACUCGUUCGCAUUAUAGACUCGCAAACAGUGCCCGAUUAUUUUUUCAAUCAAAAUCGUCACUCUCGUUUGACCCAGUCACCAAUGAUCGUCGCUGAAUUAUUUCUAACAAAUCCUAGUUUUCUACAUUUUAAUUUAUUAUAAUAUAAUAACAUGUGGAUAACAUUCAUUAUUAUUGUAUUAUUACAAUUCAUACAGAAUAGUGGAAAGGAAAAUGCAAAUUCUAGUCAGAUUAUUGAGUAGAAAAUUUUGCAUCGCAUCCAAGUUCCAUGGAUUUGGCAACAUUGCGAUUGUCAGGUGCGAAAUUGUCACAGUCGAUGGUUUUUUUUUCUUUUUUUUCUCGUUUUUUUUCUUGGUGCCAUUUUCAAAACUAUUAUUUUCCUUCGCACAAGUUUGUCCAUACACGAAAUGAACACCAUUUAUCGUUGAUACUAAAUAAAUUAUAGAAAAUAGAGUGUUUAUAAACUGCAGGAAUUGAUCAAACUAUACGAAUAAACGAUGACAAACAAAGUAGUGUAACAAAAAAUAUAUAUUUAUGUAUUUAUAUGUGAUAAAUAUUAAUUGCGAUGUUGUUUCAUGCGUAGUACGUGUGGAAAAACGAAAAUGUAAUAUUAUUUCGUGUCUUUGAACGAUUAAAUUUUCAAUAGAUAUCACCAAUCUGUUUGGGAAUUUCUAAUAAAGUGUUUACUUUUCA